AUGAUAGAGUUUGUCUGGGAGAUUCAGGUUGAGUACCUCGAGACAACCGCCCCUUUCUGUUCCUGUACAGCGUACCGGCAGUAUGCCACAGAAGGACCAGACAGCUUCCCGCAGCACACAACUCGACGAACCGCACCUCGUCUUUGGAUGGCAAAUGUUCGUGUCACACAAACUCUGAGAAAAAGGGUGUCGAGUUCGAGGUGGAGAAGGUUACUUUGA